AUGGAACUGCCUCUUCAUCCUUUCUAUCCUCUGGGGGCUCUCCUCUCAGGGACGGAGUUUGUUCCCAAUACGUUUGGUACACUAGAAUUGGUUGCUGUAUUUGGUAUCGGAUGCUUUGUGAUUUUGGGCUCUGCCUUGCUGAUUGCCCUUCGGGUAAAUCCAAAACUCAAUUAUGCUGAUCGUCUAUUAGUUAUGUGGUUCGUUUUAUGUGGAAUGAUACAUCUAUUUUUCGAGGGCUACUUUGUUGUGAACCAUACCCAUAUGGCCUCUCGACAGGAUUUCUUUGGACAAUUAUGGAAGGAAUACUCCCUCUCAGACUCUAGAUAUAUGUUUUCUGAUCCGUUUGUGUUGUGUAUGGAAAGUUGGACUGCUAUCGCAUGGGGACCGCUAUCUUUUGUUCUGGCAGUAUUAAUCGUCAACGACUCGCCAUACCGACACCCGAUUCAAGCUCUAGUCUCAACAGGCCAAUUCUAUGGAGAUUUAUUAUACUUCAUGACCAACAUAUUCGACGAAUCGUACACAGGAAGGACUUUCUACAGACCCGAACCGUAUUACUACUGGUUCUACUUUGUGUUCAUGAACGCCUUUUGGAUCGUCAUUCCAUGUAUCUGCGUGUACAGCUCUGCAAAGGCAACGGCCAAAGCAUUCAGAAAUGCAAAAAUGACAGGACAGAAUGGAAGUGCGAAAAAGCAUAUGUGA